GGGGGGCCAUGGCCCCUGCCCGCCUUGUCCUCUUCCUCCUACUGAUGGCCAUGUGUUUCCAGGAGACCUGUGCUGCUCCAUGGCGAGCACCGGGAGCAGAUGAUGAGCUCAGAGCUCCCUUUCCAGGUGAUCCUUUGGAUCCGGAUUCUGUGCGUGUGCCCGUGGGACAACCCAGAGGCCCUGCUGGUGAAUCAGCAGAAUGGAAUCCUGUCUAUGAGCCUGAGGGGGAUGCUGGAGAUGUGCCUGGAGGAGGUGAUCCAGGUUCCCCUCUAGGUUCUGGGACUGAAUCUCCAGCAGAUCACAUGGGUCCAGAAGAAGGAAAGGAUGAAUCCAAAAGAGUAGAAUACUCCCAGGGCUCAUCCCAUCUCCUAAAUGACCUGCUGAAGGAAAUGGAGAAUGCAGCGCGUGGGACUGACCAACAAACUGCACAGGACGCGCUGCAGGAAGGCAGCCAUCCCACGCUGCCAGUCUGGGACAGAGGAACGCAGAUAGCGCCAACGACUGGCAUGCCAGGGAUGAAUGCUGGGAAAAGCACAAAGGCUGCUGUUCACAAAUCUGUGCGAAAGCGCCACAUCGCAGCGAUGGUACUGUUCUCAGCUGUGCUGCUGUCUGCACUGUUGUUGGCCUGUGGUGCUGCGUUAUGGAUGUGCAAAAAAUACCUAGUGUGCAAGAGAGAAGAAAGAGCAGCAGAACGAGCUCUUCCUGAUACCAACUGAGAGAGUGUUCCAGCUGGAGAUGAGGGCAGAACGGAGCUGGGAGAGGCAACAAGAGAGACUCCUGCCCAACCAAACCAGAAUCUCAACAAUAGUUCCAGUCCAUUCCAUUCUACCAUCCAAGAUACCAAAGGUCUUCAAAGUCAUCUGGAAGACCUGGAGCGUGAACUCAAAGCCAAAAAAGAAGUCCACGGGAACAGUCCUGAGUGCUGCUUUCUGUCAGAGGACAGCCCUGAAGCUGAGAGCGGAGAAUCAGCAGCAGAGCCUUUGUCCUUCACCCUGCAUUCUCCAGGACAAGUAUCAGCAAUAAUUCCAAGAUUCUUAGCUCACCAUAGCUACAGUCCUUUUGAGGGUCGUAGUGAGAACCCAGAAAGUGAGCUUCCUCUGACUGCUGGACAGUAUUGUUUAUUGUCUUUGGAGAUGUGGAUGAGAAUGGCUGGUUUCUGGGAGAGCUGACAGAUGGCACAAGAGGACUGGUCCCUUCCAAUGUGGUUGUGGAAGUUUCCGAUGAUGAACUGGAUACAACGAUGCCUCUAGAGCUUUGUGAUCUCCUGCUGGACACUGAUGAUUAAGUGGAUGCAGAGAUUCCAUAACGCAGCAACAUCCUGUAAAAAUUCCUGCACUGAUUCGUCUGCAAGACUACCCCCUGCUCCACUAGAUGUUCAAGUGGAGUGUGAGCAGGAUGUGGAUCAGCUCCUUCAGGAGCUCUGUGGUGACUGACAGUGUAACUGCAUAGUCUUAUUAUAUAUUAAAAACAAAAAAAAAAGAACCAAAAAAAAACCAAUAAAACAAACAAAAAACCCAACACUGUUCUUUUUCUUGGAUACAUUGACUUGAUACUUUUUCUAGCUGAGACUUUGCAGUGAGUCUUGAAGCAGAUUUGAACUGGUAGAAGUUGGCAGUGUCUGCAUUCCGUUCUCCUAAUUUCCUUGCUGGUCGGAGUUAACGUGCCCUGCAUCCGUUCCCCAGCUCCAGCUGCCUCCUGAAUCAUGAGAGCAGCCUUUCCAUAUUGUGAAAACAGCCCUUUCACAUAGUUGGAGUGGAUUCAUGCUGAAGGACAAGAUGCUUGUGGACAUGUAAGCUCAGGAAAAGAAUGUAGAGUCCAUGGAAACUUGCUGCCAAACAACACUAAGAAAGAAGAAUAGACUCCUGUUGUUGAAGAUGGAACAGUAAAACAGAUGCCCCAGCAAAACACAAUGCCAGUACAAGCUGGUUGGGGCUACUCCCCCUGAAAAGGCUGGAAGUUCACAGCGAGGUAGACUACUAGCCCUCAUUCAAUGACUAGCAGAGACCCCCACCAUGUUUUUAGGACACGUGCUCAAGAGGGUGGGACAAUAUGUUAAUAAUUUCUCAGAAUUCCAGCCCAUCUUCAUGGAAUGUAAUGAAUAUAUGUAUGCAAUGUCUUUAAAUACGUAACCAUUGCUUUUCUCGGUGUGAGAGGUAGGAGGAGAUAUCCCCCUUGCAUCUGGUGCCAUAAUGAGCAUACCUGGUUUAUGACCUUACGUGAGUUAUGAGUUUGAUUCCACACAUCACUCCCUUCACUAUUAAGAGGACUAAGAACUUCUGUCACAGAAGGAUGCCCAUCUGCAAGGCUUACGUUUCAUGCUUCUUCCUUCCUCUCUGCUUGGUAAAACUCCAUGCUGGGCUCAUUUGGAAGGAAGGCUUGGUGUUCUGAUUUCUUGGACAGUCGUUACCUAAAGCCUGGAGUGCCUCUGUCAAGUGUGGCGGUGCAACUCCCGCUCCCCACACUCUCCCCCUUCUCUCAGGCCUCUCAGUGCACUUCUUCUCCUCAGACAAAAGGCGGAGAACCAGUACAUGGAGGUACUCUUCCUCUUCCCUUGCCCCUGCUUGCCUCUGGGUAGCAAGGAGCAAUGAAUUGGAACAUUAGGGGAUGCCCUUGUUGUAUCUGACUCCUGCUUUGUGCCCCAUAGCCCAGGAACAAACCUGGAGACAAUGAUCUCCUGGCAGCCUGGGACAUGUGUACACGAAUCACGGCCCAAGUGGGGUGGCCUGUUGUAUUUGCUCCACACUCAGGUAGACGCAAAUUGUAAGCAGAAGUCAACUUGCAUUUCUUCCAUCCACCUCCCUACUUAUUUCUUACUUCCUCCCACCUGGCCUACAGGCAGGGUUGUGAAUCAUGAAAACAGCUUUUCUAUAUUGUGAAAAGAAGUCUUUUUACAUAACUUGAGUGGACUGUAGCUGGAGGACAGGAGAUGUACACAGGGAAGCCCAAGAACAGGUGGAGUCCAUUAGCCAGCAAACAGAAUUUUUGUAAAGGUCCCCCCAUUUUGAUGGGGGACAUCGGUUACAACUCUUGUCCAGGUAAUUUGGUGUUCCCAUGCCCUGGGGAAGUAGGUGGACUCCAUUACCCAGCAAAAGACAAGGGAUUUUCACCUGAUACCUAAGACCAGCUAGGAUAAGCAACUGUUAUGGGGCAAAGGGUGUCAAAAGAGAUACCGAGAAAGACCCCCCUGGGUUGUAUCUUGGCUCACUGGAAGGACGUUGCUGAUGAGCCAGGGUGAACAUUGGAAGAGAAAACUCUUAUUAAAUAUUGUUAUCAGUGGUGGCCGUUGUUUAAAUUAGAGGGAGGGAAAAGCUGGGUCCUUAAUGGAACGUGAAAUUAUAAAAUACUCCUUUGGUUAAUGUUGUUUCUAAGAAGGGAAAGUAAAUGGGAUGAAGUAG